AUGUUGCCAUCGACGACAACGGCCGACAUUCAGAAGACGACAUUAGCUAUCCGUCACAAAAAGGCUAAAGACGUUAAAAGAAACAAGACCAGCAUCACUGGGGCUUCGGCAGCCAACAGAAGCCAACCAGAGAUAAAGAGCAGGGAUGGGCUCAAUGCGAACAACAAUUUAAAAGAUGACAAAAAGGAAAUUUUGAAAGAUGAAGGAACGGGGACAGGAAGCAACUCAGUGGGCAGUUUACCAGCUAACAUGGAUUUAAAAGAUGUCAGUGGAAAGAUUUCUGCCAGGUCUGACCACAAUAACAACAAGGUCUCCAUUCCAUCGGCUGGUAGCAGUGACAUCGAUACUAGAGUUGAAGAAAAGAAGAUAAAAGUGAAUGAGCCGGAAGUGAAAGAAAAAUCAGAAACACACACGGAUAACUCAUCGGAUAAGGAAGGAGACAAGGAAGGCCAGACAUCAGAACCUGAGAAUCAAAGUUCAGUUGACCAAUCAAAAGAUCAUCAAGGUAAAGAGAAAUUCAGAGUGACCCUCAACGGUGGUCGUUAUGGAAAAGAAGGUCACGUUGCCAUCCUGCUUCCUGGAGAAAAAAAAUGGGGAGUCGUCUGCGGUGACCAAUGGACCUAUUUCGAGGCCAGUGUCGUUUGCCGUCAGUUAGGAUUAGGCAUGGUCAAACAGGUUUAUCAGAUAAAUUAUUAUGGUGGCAGUCAUUUGCCGAAGCUGUUUGCACGCAUCCGUUGCCAUGGCAAUGAGAGCCACUUGGCGGAUUGUGAACGGUUUGAAUAUCAUAAUCAAGUGAAGUGCAGCAAAGACGUGUCUGUGGCUGGAGUCAUUUGCACUAAUGUACUUCCUGAUUUGAUUCCCGAUGCAUUAGCUCUUCAAAAAUCUGUACGUCUUGAGGAUCGACCACUUUACUACCUGACUUGUUCCAUGGAAGAAAACUGUUUGGCUGAUGAGGCCUACGAAAUAAAAGAACGUUCUCAUGCGUGGAUUACUGCAUCUCGAAGACUUUUACGCUUCAGCAGUAUUGUAUACAACAUAGGAACGGCAGACUUCAUUCCAAAUUCUCCCAAAGACGCCUGGGAAUGGCACCAGUGUCACAUGCAUUACCACAGCAUGGAGGUGUUUGCUCAUUAUGAUAUUUUGGACUUACAAGGCAAUCGCAUAGCACAAGGCCACAAAGCCAGUUUUUGUUUAGAAGAUACGCGAUGCCCCCCAGGCAUUACUCCAAAAUACAAUUGCUUGGGAUUUGGUGACCAAGGUCUUUCUGUAAACUGCUCCGACAACUAUUAUCAUGACAUUGACUGUCAGUGGAUUGAUAUUACCGGAAUUAAAUUUGGUAAUUACAUCCUUAAGGUGGAGUUCAAUCCGGAAAUGUACGUCAGUGAAAUAACAUUCGACAAUAACGUGGUGGAAUGUUCUCUAUAUUAUACAGGAACAUAUGCCUACCUUCGAAAAUGCGAUAUUGUGCCGCUUCGCAGGCGUGACUGA